GGAGAAUCAUUGUACUCAACGAUGGGACGCAACUUGCGCAAUCCCCUCCUCCCCCUGCUCGCCUUUUGUCAUGUGGCACCCGUUCACGCUCGUUUCACCAAAACGACAUGCUGGUCUGGUCAGAAUACCUACUGCAUCCAGCAGAAUGCGGCCGGUGCUUGGUGCCUCAUUCCUGACGCUUCUCGUAGCCUAGUAACGACGUCUUGCACUGGAACUACCAGCUACACCGACAUAGACUUUGUCACCGUGCUAGAAGUCCACCUUGCUCAAGGCCUAUCCGUCGCCUAUUACAAUGGCAUUGGUAAUUCUUUACUGGGAGGGGCCGACUAUCCUAUCCCUUCCAAUCCAGGUGUCAUUCGUCUUUGUGCGUCCGGUCAAGCUGGAGAUGGGAGUGACCAAACCAUUUGCGUGAACGCUUUGGCCGACAAUACUUUUGGUGGAGGUCCGUAUUGUCAGGUUAUUAGAGGCCAGAAGAAUGUUACGGAUGGGUGUUAUUCCUCAAACGUGGUUGUUCAUAGCCCAUCUUCCAUCAUUUCUUCCCCUGGUUCGGUGUCGACCUCAUCUCCGGGGUCGUCCAAUUCUGGCCCGUCUUAUACCCCUGCAUACGCCAGCGGUGCCCAGUCGUUGAAGUCGAUGCUUCAUAUGAUUUUGCCCUCUUCCAGAUUGAGGGUGUUUGGUCUCCUCAUGUCACUUCUCGUCGCAUCUUCUUGGAUUCCGUCAACUCACGCUCGUUUCACUCAGACGACAUGCUGGGCAGACCAAUGCAUUCAACAGAACUCCUUUGGUACAUGGUGCUACAUACCCAAUUCUGCACCACUUCGAACCACGUCAUGCACAGGCACAAACCCCGCGAACGCAGACAUGGCUUCCGUAAUGGAAGCCCACCUCUCUCAAGGACUCUCCAUCGCAUUCUACAACGGGGUCGACAACGCCUUCCUUGGAGGAGCCAACUUUUCUGUGCCCGCUAACCCGGGGAUCAUGCGCAUGGCAGUGAAGAGUCCGGCACCCUCAAUGACAUUGGCGACGGCUGUUGAAGGUGCCAGUUCGAGUGGUGUAAUUUAUACACCAGCUACGACACACGCCAGUCAUGCUUUGUCGCUAGGCGCUUUUGACUCUAAUCGUUGGAGAUUUUUAUUUGUUUUACCGUCCCUCCCUCUGUCAAAUUUGAUUCCUGGCAAGUUCCCUGUGCCUUGCGACGUUCGUGAAAUCCGCAAGACACUCUAUAAAGGUUCAACUUUAGAUGGACGUGGGUUUUCUAUUGGUGCCUUUCUGGCGAUUGGGGGUCGAGCCCCUCGAGAAGAACAAUUUCCACUCGAACCAUCUCGGGAAUCGUUAGCAGAGGGGUUGUGUUCGUCGUUGUCGACUUUGCGUUCCAUGUUUAUGAGACGCGUUCUGCGCAGUAUUCUCACCUUGAAACUUCUUGCAUCAUGCUACGUUGCACCCCUUCAUGCUCGUUUCACGCAAACAACGUGCUGGACCGGCGAAAAAACCGAGUGUAUUCAACAAAACACCCGUGGUAGCUGGUGCUACGUACCCACCUCUGGGUUGACGACCGCGACUACUUGCACUGGGAGUAGUGCGGAUUUCGCCUCCGUACUGGAAGCCCACUUAGCACAAGGUCUAUCCGUCGCCUACUACAGUGGCAUUGACAAUGCCCUACUCGGUGGAGGUGAUUACUCCAUCCCCUCUAAUCCAGGCGUCAUCCGACUCUGUGUGUCCGGGAGGUCUGGGGACGAAAACCCCCAAACCUUGUGUGUGAAUGCUUUGGCUGACAACGCCUUUGGGAACCAUCCGUAUUGUCAGGUUAUUAGAGGUCAAGAGAACGUCACGGAUGGGUGUUAUGCGCCAGUCGUGGCGGCCCAUAGCCCAUCGUCUGUGGUUUCGGGGUCACCUUCUACCGGUUCCAGCGGCCCUAUUUCCACCUCCGCUCAUGCCAGCGGCGCACGCCCGCUUUUCCAUGGUGGUUCACUGUUUCCUGUCGCAACUUUUGCGAUGAUUUUGCCCUUUACCUAUGAGGGGCUUGCCUUUCUGAUUUUAUCCCUUGUCACGUCGUUCAGGGUCCCUUCGAACCAUGCUCGUUCCACGCCAACUACACGCUCCGGCAACCAAUCUAUUUAUUCUACCGAAACAUAG